AUGUCAAAAACUCGGACUGGUUUGACACCUACACGUUCCGAUUCCCGACACGGCCGGUCGAAUUCGUUUCCCGACAAAAUGAUGGCGGACUCCUUAGAACCACCGACGAAGCCAAGUCAAAAGAGGCGAAGCUUUGAUGCCACGGCUUCGACAGCUGCACAAGAUCCUCUUCAGGAUGGCAAAAUACUUGUUCUAAAAGUUAUUGGAAAAGUGAACUUGCGCAUCGAGAGAAAAGAUUAUCAAGAGUUGAUCAGAAUAGUGAAUCAAAUCCCAGGAGAUGUACUAGUUCUCAUCAUGGACAACUUAUCAAUCGAUAGCUUGUAUGCUGAUAUUCCAAGUAGUUUGGGUUCACUUGAAGCUCUUUUCACAAAGAUAUUUUACGACCGACAAGGACGGCUUCCUGAUCACGAGCUGUGCGGCGACGAUUUCAUACAUCACCUCGUUCGUUAUUUUGUCGAUCUUCUCAAAUACAACAACCAGACAUUUGCGAGUGCACGAUCUAGAGAGCACAUAAGAAACAUAUUUAACAUUUGCACACAAAUGGACGGAUCUCUUUAUCAACGGCUUGUUCAGAGAGCAGAGCAGUUUUCCAAGGCUCUAAGUGGCUUUUCUGAGCAUGCUCUGGUCGAGGCGAUAAAAAGAUCAUCAGCGACUUAUCACAUGAGGAUGGAAGAGGCUUUAAAGGCAGAAUUGGAGCGAGCUGUGAGCCACUACAACUCUGCUUUACGAAAACUCUCUGACGUUUCGUCAAAAGCAACGCGCAACAAUUCAGAGUUCUCUUCGGUCGUUGCAGCAAACAGUCAAGCAGACAUGGAUGAAAAAACUUCACAAUACAUGAGGAAACUAUCAGGACAAACUAUCGAAGAUAGAUUGCUUUUUAACCAAUCGCUUUUAAAUGCUGUACAGGUCAAUUCAAGAGACAAGCUUCUGAUCCAUGUCCUGAUAGAAAAGUUGGAAGUUCGAAUAAAUCACGAUAAAGAGGUGGGUUGAAUUUAAUGGUAAGAAUUAAAUAAAAAUAACAAUGGCACAUCAUGACAGUGUGUCAAAAAUCAGUGUCAAAGAGACUAGCACCAGUUGCGCACAUAAAUCAGAGAAGACAAAGCUGCAAGGUAAUCCUUUAAUCCGAUCAUAAAUCAAUUCCUUUAGCCAAACAAUGCCGCUUUCCACCCAGAUGAAUGGUUGAAUACCCGUGAACCGUUGGGGAAAUUUGAUAAAUCGCUCAUUGAGAAGGGGUGUGGGAAGGGGGAGGAGGGAAGAGAAAUGGGGGAAGUAGGUAAUUUUGCGAUAGAAAAUGAUCCCUCUCAGAAUAGUCCUAGUCGCUUAAUUCUAAGGCAACCGGGGUGAACUCCAGGCCCCUUGGCUCGCAAGACUUGAACCUUAAUCCAGUCCCUCAUUAAUAUAAACAAACUUUUGAGUCGCGUAUACCACUCCCAUGAAACCAACUGGCGAAUUUCAUAACAGAUAUGAACAUAACAUGGUUGGUCUCCCUCGUAGCGUUACGAUGUCACGCAACGCUCCCCGCAAACACGGUAGGCUAAUAUAAACGAAAAUUAUUUUGCUUAAUUAAGGUUCUACAGCUUCUUAGCCAACUAAGAAAAGAAUUCAAAGUAUCACGUGACGAGCGCGUGCUACCGCUGCUCGAGAGAUUUCACCACGGACAUCGCCUUGUGCUGCAGUUGUUGGAUGAAUCUCUCAAGGGUGUGGUCAAAGAAGAUGGCGAGAAACCAAACAUAUCCACUGUAACCCGUACACUGGCAAGUGGUGCAGAGUCUGGUGACGUCAGCGCUGUUGAAGAAGGAUGUGGUAGUGACACUGACGUGUUUGACACUGUAACUCAACUGGAUGAUGAAACAGGUAAUGGCGUCUUUUACACUCCUGGCCCUUGGGAGGUCUAUUCUUUAGCGCUGCAUCUUAGAGUACCAGCAAAACCCUGGUUUUGGUGAUUCCUGAAUAAUACUUGUUUGGUUGAGAGUAGGUUGAUGGGUUAAUUGUUGGACGAUAAACGAGUUGGCAAUUAACAUGGAUAUUUGAUCAAACGGAUACAUGGGCACACCUUUCAUGGUCUCUAGAAACAUCACUUCCAAUUUGGGAAAUACUUCUGUCGCUACAUGUCUUUCAUGGGUAUGGUCUAUAAAAAAUCAUCAGACGUACUCCUUUUUAUGACAUAAAAAAAAAUAUGAAUAAAUAGAACAAAAACCCUACUAAAGACAAUAAAAAUCACGGUACCUCCAACAUACUGACAAUUCACUUUCAACUGGUAUCAAAAUAACAUUCCUCUUUCAGAAUUUUCUGCACUGAGUUCUCCGUGCAGCUCUAAUGAAACUGACCAUGAACAGAAAGAAGAAUCAACACAAAGCAACUUCCUACCUCAAAAGGUUUCUACACAAGAACCGAUUGAUGAACAAUCUGGCCUACUAAAACAGCUGCAGGAUAAACAAAAGGAACUUGAAGCAGCUCAGGAAAUGGUUCGAAAUUUAUCAAAGAGGGAGGAAACUCUCAUAGAAAGGUAUUACAACAAGUAAAUCCAUUCGACCUAUUUCGCGGGUAGAAAAAGAUAUACACGGACGCAAAGUUUUCAUGAUUCAGAAGAGUCUCUACGCCUAAUACUCUUUUAAACACAUAUGCACCCACGCUAUCGAUAUUGUGAAAUAAAAAACUGAAAUUCUUGAUAUGAUGACAAGAGCUACUGAUUACAAAAAACUUUGUCUCUCUAGAGCUGGCGGUGCACGUGGGCAAUAUGAAGCAAAAUCUGUGUUCUGAUUGGCUACCCGAGCGGGCAAUAUGAACCCAUCUUUGCUCGCUCGGGACUACCUGCUUUGAUCCCGUAUUAGAAACAAAUUUCUUGGAGUAGAAAUGCAAAGUUCGUAUUUCGACAAUGUAGGCGAUUAAGUCCUAAAAAGCGGCAGAAGAUCUAUAGUCAAAACAAAGAAAACAUAAACAAUUCUGGUGGGUUUAUUGUGCUUCAGUUGGCUUUCUUUCCCGUCUCUCGAAAUAAAAAGUCUUGAUUCUUCACAAAGUGAUGACCUUCUUGCUAUACAAUAUUUCCUUUCUUGACCAAGCUUGUUCGGCCAAGAUGGCUGGAUAUUAGCUUCGUUUUUAUGGACCUUGAAUUCGUCUCAGUCCAUAAAAACCAGCCAUCUUGACCUCACACUUGGUCAAUAACUCAUACGUCAUGUUUCAGAUUACAAGACCAAGCACAGAGACAGCUCAAAAAAGGCGGUAAAUUCGAGGACCUUUCCACAGGCGAGUGCCGACCGUCUGUUCUGGUCGAGCGUUAUGACAACUUGUAUACACAGACACGGCUGGACGCUAUGGACGAGUUAGACGAAGUUGAAUCGCUUGAAAAGCUGGACGAGAACAGCGACAUUAAAAACAAAAUACUCUUUUCAGUUAUAGUGGUAGGUGCAAUGUUGUCAGUUCAGUUAGGGUAUGUCUUGUGACGAUACAAUACAAAAAUUGAUAGUGUCAAUGUGUCACCCUAUGGGCGUAUCGUCUGGUGGUGCGGAAAGAAAUCUGUUUUGAUUAUGGUUAUAUGGUAAUCAUCGAUCAAGCGACCAAACAUAAGUUCACUUUUAUCUAUCUUCCUUGAAAUAAACGAAUGCUUACGAUUCAUUUUACCCAAUCCGCAAGAAACUAAGAGACUACCAUCCCCCCACAGGUGGCUUUCCGCGCGGUACAACAUGCACUCACAGAAAAACAACACAAGCUUAAAAAGCUGUUAGAUAUUCCGGAUGAGAAGACCAAAGAAGAGUUCGCACAGGAUAUACAAGACCGCAUCAAUGACUAUUUUCGAACGACAGGAGCACGUUUGAAGAUCGACAGUAUCAAAAGGGUAAUUUGCAAUCACAAGAAAUUUAUGAUGAAUUAAGUAUCAGGUCUAAAACUAAAAAAAAUGAGGUUAGCGAGGAGGGCAGAUUUAGUCUUUUGAAGACUAUCAUGAUACUAGAAAUAAAUUGACCAGCAAGCAUCCAACAACACAGAACACUUAAACAAGAGUUUGUGUGAUUUAAUUCGAGUACAUAUUUACCUUCAGUACUCUUCAUCUUUCCUUUUCAGGAGGUCAGUAAACAGUUGUGGGGAACGUUGUACGAUUUUCCUGAGUUACAGAAUUGCCCCAAGUUAAGGGAAUACAUGGACGAAUGCGUGCGCUUGUCCUGGAUGAUGGCUGUUCAGAUUCCACCAAUAAUCAUCGAGUAUGAAGCAACUGAAUUCUCUGAAAAACUUCAUGGACGAUUCAUGACCUCGGACAUGACAUCUGUUGCGAUUAAGUAUCAUAUUUGGCCAACUUUGAUUGACUCACAGAGUGGUCACGUGCUCUAUAGAGGCAUUGUGGUCACAUAA